UUCAGGAAGGGGAGCGAGGGAGAGGGCAGCGAUAUGGCUCCUCCGGCUCCUGGCCCGGCUUCUGGCGGCUCCGGGGAGGUGGACGAGCUGUUCGACGUGAAGAACGCCUUCUACAUUGGCAGCUACCAGCAGUGCAUCAACGAGGCGCAGCGGGUGAAGCCAUCCAGCCCGGAGAGAGAUGUGGAGCGGGAUGUCUUCCUGUACAGAGCGUACCUGGCCCAGAGGAAGUAUGGCGUGGUGCUGGAUGAGAUCAAGCCCUCCUCUGCCCCCGAGCUGCAGGCCGUGCGCAUGUUUGCGGAGUACCUGGCCAGCGACAGCCGGCGGGACGCGAUUGUGGCCGAGCUGGACCGGGAGAUGAGCCGGAGCGUGGAUGUGACCAACACCACCUUCCUGCUCAUGGCCGCUUCCAUCUACUUCUACGACCAGAACCCAGACGCAGCCCUGCGCACCCUUCACCAGGGGGACAGCCUGGAGUGCAUGGCUAUGACAGUGCAGAUCCUGCUGAAGCUUGACCGCCUGGACCUCGCCCGAAAGGAGCUGAAGAAGAUGCAGGACCAGGACGAGGACGCUACGCUCACCCAGCUGGCCACCGCCUGGGCCAGCCUGGCUGCGGGAGGUGAGAAGCUCCAGGACGCCUACUACAUCUUCCAGGAGAUGGCCGACAAGUGUUCGCCGACCCUGCUGCUGCUCAACGGGCAGGCAGCCUGCCACAUGGCGCAGGGCCGCUGGGAGGCCGCUGAGGGCGUGCUGCAGGAGGCGCUGGACAAGGACAGCAGCCACCCUGAGACGCUGAUCAACCUCGUCGUCCUGUCCCAACACCUGGGCAAGCCUCCUGAGGUGACAAACCGCUACCUGUCCCAGCUGAAGGACGCCCACAGGUCCCACCCCUUCAUCAAGGAGUACCAGGCCAAGGAGAACGACUUUGACCGGCUGGUGCUGCAGUAUGCCCCCAGCGCCUGAGGCCGCCCCAGACGCACUUCCGGAGGAGCUGUGGGAACGCGAGGCCAGGGCUCUGCUGCCCUCUCCGCCGGGCACUUGCCCUUUGGUUAGAAGUACAGGCUGGAAGCCCAGCCCAGCCUGCCGUUUUUCAAUAAAUGUCUCCCUUCCAGGAAUCC